ACCCACAUGGCGGUGCUCUUGAGGAAGCUGCUGCAGCCAGGGAGGCCCCCGGGAGUCUUGGGGCGCUCCCUGGGACGGCGUGAGGCCAGCCUGGGCACUGAUUCUGGGGCUGCGGUGCGAGUGCGGUUCGCCCCCAGCCCCACAGGCUUCUUGCACCUGGGGGGCCUCCGCACUGCCUUGUACAACUACCUCUUUGCCAAGAAGCACGGAGGGAGCUUCAUUCUGCGGCUGGAGGACACGGACCAGACCCGCCUGGUGCCCGGGGCAGCGGACAACAUUGAGCACAUGCUGGAGUGGGCAGGCAUCCCCCCUGACGAGAGCCCACACCGCGGAGGCCCCAGGGGGCCCUACCUGCAGUCCCAGCGGCUCGAGCUGUACGCCCAGGCCACAGAAGCUCUGCUGAAGACCGGGGCUGCUUACCCCUGCUUCUGCUCGUCACAGCGGCUGGAGCUGCUGAAGAAGGAGGCCCUGAGGAGCCGCCAGACACCCCGGUAUGACAAUCGGUGCCGGAACCUGAGCCAGAGGCAGGUAGCUGAGAAGUUGGCCAAGGACCCCAAGCCUGCUAUCCGCUUUCGCCUGGAGGAGGAGGCCCCAGCCUUCCAGGACUUGGUGUACGGCUGGAAUCGGCAUGAAGUGGCCAGUGUGGAGGGGGACCCGGUCAUCCUGAAGAGCGAUGGCUUCCCCACCUACCACCUGGCCUGCGUGGUGGAUGACCACCACAUGGGCAUCAGCCACGUGCUGCGUGGCUCGGAGUGGCUGGUCUCCACUUCCAAGCACCUGCUGCUCUACCAGGCCCUGGGCUGGCCGCCACCUCGCUUUGCCCACCUGCCCCUGCUCCUCAACAGGGACGGCAGUAAGCUGUCCAAGAGGCAGGGGGACAUUUUCCUGGAGAGUUUUGCUGCUGCCGGCUUCCUACCAGACGCCUUGCUCGACAUCAUCACUAACUGUGGCUCAGGGUUCCCAGAGAACCAGAUGGGCAGGACCUUGCCAGAGCUCGUAGCACAGUUUGACCUGACCCGGAUCACCUGCCACUCAGCCCUGCUAGACCUGGAGAAGCUCCCAGAAUUCAACAGGCUGCACCUUCGUCGGCUGGUGAGCAAUGAGACCCAGAGGCGCCAGCUGGUGGAAAAGCUACAGCUGCUCGUAGAGGAGGCAUUUGGGAGCCAGCUGCCAGACAGGGCUGUCCUGGACCCAGCCUAUGUGGAGAGGAUCAUCUUGCUGAGACAGGGUCACAUUUGCCGCUUGCAGGAUUUGGUCUCCCCAGCACACUCCUUCCUGUGGACACGUCCUACUGUGGGUCGCACGCAGCUGGGUGCCAUCUCAGAGCAGGUGGAUGUGAUUGCCAAGCGCGUGCUGAGGCUUUUAGAAGGAUCUGGCGCCAGCCUAACUCAGGACGUGCUGAACGCAGAACUGAAGAAGCUGUCCGAAGGUCUGCCCGGCACCAAGCACAGUAACGUGAUGAAACUCCUCCGAGUGGCCCUCAGUGGACAGCCGCAAGGACCGCCUGUAGCUGAGAUGAUGGUGUCGUUGGGACCAAAAGAAGUGCGGGAACGCAUACAGAAGGCACUGUCCAGCUGACGGGAGAUGUGCCCGGCGGUGGAGGUGGCUAGGAACCUGUGCGUGUGGAGACGACCUUCAGAGGAGGAGUGGGUCCUGGGACCCAUCAGGAACUUGUAGCAGGAACCAGAGUCUGGGUGCACACAGUGUACACGUGGCUCCACACAGCCCUGUCCUCGCCCGCUGGCGGGGAAGCCCAGCAUCCUCUCACCUCCCUGAGUCUGGAGAGGAAGGCUCGUGUCUGGCUCCGAUACCACACUGCAUGGCAGAGGUUUCAAGCUGGUUCCUAGAACAGUCCAGAGGGCUCGUGUUGAGGCCGCCCGAGCUGUGUGACAAAAAGCCACAGAGUUGGGGGCUUAAACAAGGACAGUCACUUCCUCCCUGUUCAGGGGCUGGGAGUCUAAAAGGCAGGUGUUGGCAGGUUUCUUUGCUCCGUGGCUUGCUGAUGGCUGCUCUCUGCUGUCCGUACUGGUCAUCGCCCUGGGUGUGCCCUUGGUGCCUCUGGGUGUCCAAAUGUCGUCUUCUUAGGACACCAGUCAGAUGAGAUUAGCACCCACCCUGAUGGCCCGGUUUUACCUUAAUCACUUCUUUAAAGGCCCAGCUGAACAUUCAGUUACAUGCUGAGGUCUCGGCGUUAGGGCUUCAGCGUGCGACUUUUGAGGGGACACGGUUCAGUGCGUGGCAGCUUGGCAGCAGCCUGGUCUCAGUUCUCAGUCCAGCCUGGACUCCGAGCGGCAGGGCUGAGCUGAAAGUCAGUUUCUCUGGGGCUCAUCGGGACAGGACUCAUCCAUCAGGGUGGGCUCGGGGGAGCACUUAUGUCUUACACUUGGUUUUGUCCUGCACUUGGGCAGCCUGCCUCCCCUCCCUACAGGCUGUCUGCUGCUCUCCCAGUUCUUCAGACCUGGACCUUCAACUGAGGCCUUCACCCUGCCUGUCUGCAUCUCAUUCACAUCUGCCUCCUUAUAUCCAUGACUGUCUGAAAUGAGAUGGUCUUGGGGUGAAGAGAAAUAGCUAAAUAGAAGGAAGACGGUGGCUGGGAACAGAGACCCACAGGGCUUCUAGGUGUCCAGUGGCAGCCAGCCUCUGAGAGGCCCCAGUCAUUGCUCCCUCUUGGU